AUGUCUUUCCCGGUUAGCCGGGUCCUGCGCAAUGCAGCGGGGCGCACCCCUGCAUCCCGAAUUCUCGGAAACCUCCCCGCGCGCACAUCCACACUACCGAGCCGGCUCCGUGUCCAACGAGCCAUCUCGGCAACGGCCGGGUUCCACACUGUCCCGGCUGCCCGUCAAGCGGAGAAGAAGCCGACCGAAGAGGAACUCGCCUCCACAGCAGGCCAAUUUGCUAGAACCGACGAAUCCAUCACGGUCGAGUACCCUCCCGAGGCACAACUUCCUACCGAAGAGACGGUGGCUGGCACAGACCGAGCAGGCGCUCAUGUUUUCCCUACACUGGCGACUUUCUCCUUGCAGGGGAAGGUGGGUGUUGUUACUGGAGGUGCAAGAGGGUUGGGCUUGGUGAUGGGGCAGGGCAUGGUCACCAGCGGUUCGGACCUUGCCAUUGUUGAUCUUAACAAGGAGGAGGCCACCCGCCAGGCGCAGAGCAUCAUCGAGACCUUCCGGGCAGACCACCCCGACAAGAAACCUCCCAAGGUGACAGCCCACUACGCCGAUGUCUCAGACCCCGCCAGCGUCGAGGCCUGCAUCGCCGAGAUCGUCGCCGAGCACGGCAGGAUCGACAACCUGGUGACUUCGGCCGGCUUCACAGAGAACUUUGAGGCUGUCGCCUACCCGAUCGAGCGCAUGCGCAAGUUGUGGGGCGUCAAUGUCGACGGCACUUACCUGUUUUGCUACGUCCCGUGGCGAGACAUCUGUCCCUACAACGCCGCCAAGGCCGCCGUCCGCCACCUGUGCGCCUCGCUCAGCGUUGAGUGGGCCGGCGCCGGCAUCCGCGUGAACUGCAUCUCGCCGGGCUACAUGCUCACAGCCCUCACGCAAAAGAUCCUCGACGACAAGCCGGACCUCAAGCGGCAGUGGACGUCGCUGAUCCCGCAGGGCCGCAUGGGCGCGCCCGAGGACCUGAUGGGCCCCGUCACAUUCUUGCUGUCGGACGCGUCGAGCUAUGUCACGGGGGCGGAUCUCCGUGUGGACGGCGGUCCCUGA